AUGGACCAAACCCACCACCUCAACGGCGAUUCCGCCUCCCCAGCCUCCAAAAAGCCCAAGCUCGCCUUCAUCACCCCGGCCGAAAUCGCCGCCGAAUUCGCUCACCACGACUCCGCCGUGGCCCGAAUCAACAACGGCAGCUUCGGGUCUUGCCCCGACUCCGUCAUCCAGGCCCAGCGCCGCUGGCAGCUCCGGUACUUGGCCCAGCCCGAUAGCUUCUACUUCAACCACCUCCAAAGCGGCAUCCUCCACUCCCGCACCCUCAUCAAGGACCUCAUCAACGCCGACCACGUCGACGAGGUCUCCAUCGUCGACAACGCCACCACCGCCGCCGCCAUCGUCCUCCAGCAGGCCGCCUGGGGCUUCUCCGAGUCCAAAUUCGAGCGAGGCGACGCCGUCGUCAUGCUCCACUACGCCUACGGCGCCGUCAAGAAGUCCAUCGAGGCUUACGUCACCCGCGCCGGGGGACACGUCAUCGAGGUACCGUUGCCGUUUCCUUUGAAUUCCAAUGAGGAGAUUGUUUCCGAGUUUAAGAAGGCUCUAGAGUUAGGGAAGGCCAAUGGGAGGAGAGUUAGGCUAGCUGUGAUUGAUCACAUUACUUCGAUGCCGUGUGUUGUUGUACCUGUUAAGGAGUUGGUUAGGAUUUGUAGGGAGGAGGGUGUUGAUCAGGUUUUCGUCGACGCGGCGCAUAGCAUUGGGUGUACUGAGGUUGAUAUGAAGGAGAUUGGGGCUGAUUACUACACUAGUAACUUGCACAAGUGGUUCUUUUGCCCGCCGUCCAUUGCGUUUUUGUAUUGCAGGAAGUCUCCCAAGAAUGUGGAGCUGCACCACCCGGUGGUUUCGCACGAGUACGGGAAUGGAUUGGCUAUUGAGAGUGCGUGGAUUGGGACUAGGGAUUACAGCCCGCAGCUGGUUGUCCCUGCAGUUUUGGACUUUGUGAAGAGGUUUGAAGGCGGCAUCGAGGGGAUCAAGAAGAGGAAUCAUGACACGGUUGUUGAGAUGGGGAAGAUGUUGGCCAAGGCGUGGGGGACACAUCUAGGAUGCCCUCCGGAAAUGUGUGCUAGCAUGGUCAUGAUUGGUUUACCGGCAUGUUUGGGGAUUUCUAGUGAGAAGGAUACUCUGAAGUUGAGGACGCAUUUGAGGGAGAAGUUUGGUGUUGAAGUCCCUAUAUAUUUCCGACCACCCAAGAAUGGGGAGGUUGAGGUGGUGACUGGGUAUUGUCGGAUAUCGCAUCAAGUAUACAACAAAGUGGAUGAUUAUUACAAGUUCAGAGACGCAAUUAAUCAACUUGUUUCUGAUGGGUUUACUUGUGAUCUACUUACUAAUUGAUGAGAAGAAUUCGGAGAAAAGAAGGUCAGGGGUGAAUACAUCUGUUUGAAUCAUUACUUGUAUUGAAAUGAGUUUUCAUAUGAAUCUUUAGUUCAGUGAAGCCUGAAGAAGUCCAUAUCAUGAAUGGCACGAACCGUUACCACUGUCUCCUGCAUGUUGCUAGUCGCACCGGUUUCCUUACCAUGAAUAUCCUAGAGUGACCACAGAAACAAAGCUGGAGUGCAUAGAAGAAAUACUUUUGUCAGCUUAAUUUGAUUACAGGAUCGAGAUUGAUUCCGUUGAGCUGCUUUAACAUGUCUGCUGCUUAUUCUUGUUACUAUGAAUUGGAACAUGAUAUCUUCAUUUUCGCCCCCAAUUAAUGGACGAAAAAAAUGAUUAUCACCCUAUCAGGAAUCCAGUUAGUACUUAUCCACAUUCAUAUUUAUUCCUUCAUAGCUACUAUAUAAACAUAAUAAACAUAAGAUUUUUGAAGAGGAAUGGAGCUUGAUCUGUAUAGCAGGUAUAUGGAACUCUAUAUUGCACAGUAAGUAACAGGAAAACGCAGUCACUGAUAGAGCGAUCUACAGUCAUAUUG